GAAGAACCAAGUGAUCACGCUGGACAUCAAGUUUGGUGGUGAGCCGGAGCCGGAGGUCCACUGGUUCCGAAAUGACGUCGAGAUCUUCGAAGACGUUGAAAAAAUGCCCGAUGCCGAUUUCGGAAGGACCACCAUCGACAAGUAUGACCGCAACACAGUGCUCACAGUGCGCAAGUGCGAGCGGCCCGACUCGGGCAAGUACAAGCUGGUGCUCACCAACUCGUCGGGCUCCUGCGAGGGGAUCGCUGACGUCAUCGUCCUAGGCAAGCCGUCGAGGCCCGAGGGUCCGCUCAAGGUGGAGGAUGUGCGCGAGACGCGCGCCCUCUGCAAGUGGAACAAGCCCAAGGACGACGGUGGCACUGAGCUCAAGGGUUACGUGGUGGAGAAGAUGGACAUGGAUACUGGCCGCUGGGUGCCGGCCGGCGAGGUCGGCCCAGAAAAGACCGAGCUCAUGGUGGAAGGCCUGACUCCGCACAAGAAGUACAAGUUCCGCGUGCGCGCCGUCAACAAGGAGGGCGAGUCGGACCCGCUGGAGACAGACGACUUCAUCGAGGCCAAGAACCCCUACGAUGAGCCUGGCAAGCCUGGCAAGCCGGAGAUCGUCGAUUACGACAACAAGAUGGUGCAGCUGAAGUGGGAGAAGCCAGCCAGCGAUGGCGGCAGGCCAAUCCUUCACUACGUCAUCGAAAUGAAGGACAAGUUUACCGAAUGGAGCGAGGUAAAGAAGACGAGCGACGACAAGCCCGAGGCGCAGGUGGACGGUCUGAAGGAGAAGAUGGUCUACCAGUUCCGCGUGCGCGCCGUCAACAAGGCGGGCAAGUCGGAGCCGUCAGAGCCGACCGGAAACCACCUCUGCAAGCACAGAAACCUGAAGCCGUACAUCGACCGCACCAACAUGAAGACCAUCACCAUCAAGGUGACGCGCUCGCACAAGUUCUCUGUGGACGUACGUGGCGAGCCAGCGCCCGAGCUCACCUGGUUCUCCAAGGAUGGCACCAAGAUCGAGUCCACCGACCGCAUCAAGAUCGAGAACGUUGACUACCACACGGACUUCAGCAUCGAGAAGGCCACCAGGAAGGAUUCAGGCUUCUACACGUUGAAGGCCGUGAACAGGAACGGCAGCGACGAGGCCCAGUGUGAACUCGUGGUUCUUAGCAAGCCGGGAAUGCCUAAGGGCCCGCUGAAGGUGGAGAACGUCUACGACAAGGGCGCCACCCUCAAGUGGGAGAAGCCCGAGGACGAUGGCGGGCUGCCGAUCAAGGAGUACGUCGUCGAGAAGAUGGACGCAGGAACCGGCCGGUGGGUGCGCUGCGGCAAGUGCCCCGGCGACAAGAGCCACCCGGAGUUCCAGGUCGGCGACUUGAUCCCCGGCCAGGACUACAAGUUCCGCGUGGCGGCCGUCAACGAUGAGGGCGAGUCGGAGCCGCUGGAGACCCUGAAGGCCGUCAAGGCCAAGAAUCCGUACGACCCGCCGGAGUCGCCGGGCAAGCCGGAGAUCGUCGACUACGACAACAAGUCGGUCGACCUCAAGUGGGAGGCGCCCAAGAGCGACAACGGCGCGCCCAUCCAAAAGUACAUCAUUGAGAAGAAGAACAAGAAGUCGGGCGAGUGGGAGAAGGCCUGUGAGGUGCCCGGCUCCCAGCUGACGGGCAAGGUCGAUGACCUGGUAGAACGCGACGAGUACCAGUUCCGCGUCAAGGCGGUGAACAAGGCUGGCCCCGGCAACCCCUCGGAGCCCACCGACUACCACAUCGUCAAGCACAGGAAACUGAAGCCUAUGAUUGACCGCACGAACUUGACGAUGACCAAGGUGAAGGCCGGCAAGCAAGUGUUCUUCGAUGUCAAUAUCAAGGGCGAGCCGCCUCCAACCGUCACCUGGAUCGUGAAGGACGAAGCGGUGAGCGCCCCCAACAUCACAAUUGUGAACAUCGAUUACAACAGCAAGUUCACCAUCAAGGACAGUGUGCGCAAGAACACAGGCAUCUACAAAAUCUUAGCCGAGAACAUUCAUGGCAAGGAUGAAGCCGAGGUGGAAGUCGUCGUACUCUCGGCGCCUUCCAAGCCGAAGGGGCCGCUGAAGGUGUCAGACGUGACCGCCAAGGGUUGCAAGCUCAAGUGGGACAAGCCCGAAGACGACGGCGGCGUACCGAUCCAGGCGUAUGCGGUCGAGAAGCUGGACACCAGCACAGGGCGCUGGGUGCCCGUCGGCCGCGUCGGGCCCGAUGAGACGGGCAUGGAUGUUGGUGGUCUGGUGGAGGGCAAGAACUACCAGUUCCGCGUCAAGGCCGUCAACGAGGAGGGCGAGUCGGAGCCGUUGGACACGGACCACGCCACGCUCGCCAAGAAUCCCUACGAGAUUCCCGGCGCGCCGUCCACGCCUGAGAUUGUGGACUGGGACGUGGACCGGGUGGAUCUGAAGUGGAAGGCCCCCAAGAACGACGGCGGUGCUCCCAUUACCGGCUACAUCAUCGAGAAGAAGGAGAAGUUCGGCACUUCCUGGGAGCCGUGCGUGGAAACCAAGGUAUGUUGUUGA